AUGGAACUUCUCUUGACCCCACCCACCCUACCUACUCAAUUCAAAGCGCAACAUCCUCGUCGUCAAACUCAAAACAGAAUGUCCAAUGUCCAUACGAUCGAUACGAUCUCCAAAACUCCAACUCCGAACUCCGAACCGAGCACCAAUACGAUCAAUACGACCGAGACGAUAGUGGAGGAUUCGCAUGAAAUAUGCUUACUCCGCAUACCUCCUACUCCUUCCGAGCUGGUAUUGUUUAUCGGAUCCUCUUCCAAGGCCAAAGGAUAUUACUAUGAUCGUGCUAAAGCGGACUUGUCGAACUCCCGGGAGAAGCCACAAUUAGUGGCUGGCUUUGGAGAUUGA